AUGAAUCUCAGCACUGUCUUCAGCUUCAGUGAGGACUAUUUUGGGUUGGGUAAUAUUUCAGAUUAUUCAUUUGAUGAUGACACCUUACUGUGUUCCUUGCAAGAGGUCAGAAAAUUCUCUGGGCUCUUUGUGCCCAUGGCUUACUCCCUGAUAUGUGUCUUUGGCCUUUUGGGCAACAUUUUGGUGGUGGCCACCUUUGCUUUUUAUAAGAAAACCAAGUCCAUGACAGACGUUUAUCUCUUGAAUAUGGCCAUUGCCGACAUCUUGUUCGUCCUCACCCUCCCGUUCUGGGCUGUUAGCCACGCCACGGGUGAGUGGAUUUUCAGCAAUGCCAUAUGCAAGCUGAUGAAGGGCAUCUAUGCCGUCAACUUCAACUGUGGAAUGCUGCUCCUGGCCUGCAUCAGCAUGGACCGCUACAUCGCCAUUGUGCAGGCCACCAAGUCGUUCCGGCUGCGGUCCAGAACCCUGGCGCACCGCAGGAUGAUCUGCUUGGUUGUAUGGGUGCUGUCGGUGCUCAUCUCCAGCUGGACGUUCGUGUUCAACCAGAAGUACAGCGUGCAGGGCAGCGAUGUGUGCGAGCCCCGCUACCAUGAGGGCUCCGACCCCAUCAAGUGGAAGCUGCUGAUGCUGGGGCUUCAGCUCUUCUUCGGCUUCUUCAUCCCACUGGUGUUUAUGAUCUUCUGCUACAUGUUCAUUGUCAAAACCCUAGUGCAGGCUCAGAACUCCAAGCGGCACAAGGCCAUCCGUGUGAUUAUUGCGGUGGUGCUGGUGUUUCUGGCUUGCCAGAUCCCCCACAACAUGGUGCUCCUGGUGACGGCCGUGCAGCUGGGCAGGAUGAACCGCUCCUGCCACGGCCAGAAGCUGCUGGGCUACAGCACCAACGUCACCGAGGUCCUGGCCUUCCUGCACUGCUGUCUCAACCCUGUGCUCUACGCCUUCAUUGGGCAAAAGUUUAGGAGCUACUUUCUGAAGAUCGUGAAGGAUCUGUGGUGUGUGCGACGGAGGCAGAAGGCGCCGGGCUUCUCCUGCUCCAGGCUGUACUCGGAAACCUUCACCUCGAGGCAGAACAGCGAGACCGUGGACAACGAGAACGCGUCGUCCUUCACCAUGUGA